AUGGCCUGUAAAACAUCAUUUGAAUUUCAUCAUAAUUUUCCCAAGUUAGCAGAAGAGUCAGGUUUUACGUUCAACAUACACAAACCCAGAGUACAUUUAGAAUGGAAUAAAAUCAGACUUAUUGACAUAGAAAGCUUAAUACGUGACCGAAAGUUUAUUCUAAUUGAACAGCACCUAAACGAUAUUUUAGAUUGUGUCUUAGAAUCUCAGUUUGACGUACGCAUUCUUGAUGAAGGAGUUUUAAAAAUUUUUCGUUUAGCACAGUUAGCUGUUGAAUACCAACAGUUUUGUCGUCAUUACCUCGAUCGCAGCGUCUACGUUCUGCGAGAAGAAAUAACAGCUCUAGCUCAGGAAUUAGAUUACGCCAAAAAAACAAUUAGGGAAAAGGAGGAUGAAAUACGAAAACUGAAACGAAAAACCAAAUACAAUUUUCGUGGCUCACUUCCGUAUGGCAAUGACAACAUUGCUAAUAUAAUCCUACAAACACUUUCAAGAAAAAAUGAUAUAUUUGCAAACACACCCCAACUUGAUAACGUGCAUUACAACAAAUGUACUUACUGUGAUAAAGUAUUCUUAAAUCAGCUAUAUUUAAAAGGUCAUAUGUUAAGACGGCACAACAAUGUGACAGAAAUUCCGCAAAAAGAUGUUGAGCCAAACCAAGCCCAUACCGCAGAUAACGAUCAUUCAAUACUUCAAAAUGAAGUCUUUGAACUAAAAUCUAAAUUAAAAGAAAUGGAAGAUUUUAUGAAAAAUGUCAACGCUCAAAACAACACGAAAUUGAAUUCUGAAGUAGAUAAAAACGUUCUAAUGAAUCCCGUUGAACAUAACAAAGCAGAUAUUACCCAAAAUAAAACCGAUGAAAGCCCAGUAAAACAAAUGAAAGACGCGGAAAUAUCAACCAACAUCGAAGAACAUAUUUUAGACAAAAUGGAGGAAUGGAAAAAGGCAGAAUGUGAGAGGUAUAAUAAAGAAAUUUCUAUGUUAAGAACACAAAUUUCUAAUCUAAUAGAUUCAUAUAAGGAUGCAGAUCGCUUGAAAACAAUACCAACUGAUAACAAAAUUAUAGAACAACUGAACGAUACUAUAAAGAAACAGAGCACGGAAAUAGUGGGAUUAAAAGAAACCAUAAAUAAUUUGGGACUGAAAUCAAAAAGUGAAGAUGUCGAUACUAAGAAAGAAAUCGAAGCCCAAAUAGCUUUUUGGGCUGAAAGGGUUGAAGUUCAAUCUAGAGAGUACAAAUUGUUGCUACAAAAAUUGGACAUCGUUGCAAAAGAAGCUCACGAAUCUCGUAAGUGUGCUGAAUUAGAAAGACAACGUGCAACGAAAUUACAACUUUUAUUAGAACAAAACAUUAACAAUGGGGCAGAAAGAAAUAACCAAAUGUUAAAUGGUAAAACGAAUUUCACACUAGUUAAGGAAAAUUCAGUUGAAUCAAAUACAUCUCCUAAAAAAUCAAAUCCUGUACCAGAUCAUAAAACACUGGAGAAACUUCACCGUAGGGCACAAGAACUUCUAAAUACAGAAUCGAUGACCUCUUCCGACGUGUCUAGUACAGAUGGCAAUAACACCAAUAUUUUAAUUGAGAAACAAAAAACCUACAACGAAAAGAAUACCAAAGGCUUAAAAAAUAACAUGAGCAAUAGAAAUGGAAAAAAGAGUGAUAACAUAUCAAACCAUAAAACUUUGCAGAAAAAUAUAUUAAAAGCGAAUCCAAACACUGUGCGCCAAGUGUUGAAAAAACACAAAUCUGCAUCAAAAAUAAGUAACAAUUCACUCAAUAAUAAUUGCAGCCCUAAAAAGGUUGUUAGAGCUAAAUUAACUGAAGAAGUCAAUCAACGUUUAGCGUCACUCAGAGUAGAUCCAUUAAAAAAGACGUUACCUCAAAGUAUUUUUCAAAAACAUCGAUUGGAGCUGCAAAAAAACCAAGAAAUCAAAACAAAGAAAAAUCCGGCUCGCGAAAAUGUUUAUCACUCUAUAAUUGCAUAUUUGGAUAAUAAAGUUCAAACGAUAAAUAAGAAAUCAUUACAAGAAGAUGCAUACGUUUCCCCGAAUAGAAACACAAAGUCGUUUAGUUUAUCUUCCAUGAUAUCGAACGUAAAAUCCAAAGCUCUAUCCUUAGUUAAGACGAGCGAAGAAUUUAAUAACGAAGAUCGUUCAUCGUAUGAAACUGUCACUAAAAAAUCGCUCAUUUUACUUAACUCGCCACCAGGAUCCAAAGCAUCAAGUCCCAAAACUGAAACACAAAAUUAUAAUUAUGAAACACGUGAUCCAAAAGAGUUGAUUAGUACAAACCACAAAAAGAAUAAACAAAAAUCAAAUAAAAUAAGAAAUGGGUAUGUCAAAAAAAUGAAAAAAGUAUCUGAAACGAGUAAAGAUUCGGAUACAGAUACAACUGAAAACUUCCGACUAUAUAAUAAGGAAACCUUGGCAGCGAAAUCCAUUGAAGAUUUUAUUAAAUCACCAAAUCGACUCCAUAAUCCCAGUAAAAAAUCAGAUACCGAUGAAUUGAUGAAUGAUCAAUUGAUGUCAGUGCAAACGAAACAUUUAACAAAUACUUUUAAGGAGGUGGACACAAAUACAAAGCUAAACUUUAAUACGGAACUCGAAAAUGAUGAAAGAAGCAGUGACGACAUAGCAUCGUUAAUGGAACACGAACUAAGAAAUGUUGCUUCUGAUGAAAAUAUAAAUAGCCACAAACAAACGAAAGGUGUGCUGAAAAACGCUUCAUCAAUGUCUUCAUUAUACAAAAAGAAAGUUAUAUUUGAUAUGGAUGCAAUUCAAAUGAAGUCAGUUAGCGCGUCGCCCUCACAGAGCGUCACAGAAAAGAAUGAUAAAGAUGAAAAGUAUGAAUUAGGCAUAAUAAAUCUUGAUACCGAAGAAUGGGACUUAUCCAGUAUUGAAAACGAGCCGAGAAGAGUCGAGAGCACUGUAAUAAAAAGGUCAAGCACAAGUCCGAAAAUUGCAGAAUUAAAGCAAAGCAUUGAAUCACAGCUCACUCGGCGGAAUCCAACACUUUCUACUACUCUCGUUGGAGGAGUUGAUGUUUUGAAAGGGCCCCUGAGAACAAAAGCCGCUAGUCUAGGUGGUAGCAAUACAAGCUUGGGCAGCUCUAUUCUUGACGAUUCAGAGAGUGAUUUACAACAAAAUCAUACGGCAUUUGUAAAACAAAAGAAUGUUACAGAAAAGGAUGACAGUGAAAUAGAUAUUUCACAAUUUGUAAUUGAUAGUAUAGACAAUAAAAAUAAGCGUAAAUCUUUUUGA